AUGGUGCAGAUGCAGCUCGCUAGGAGGCUUUCAGAUUCAGCUAGGGCUUACACUUAUGUGUCGGAGCUAUGGAGGAAGAAGCAAUCAGAUGUUAUGAGGUUCUUACAAAAGGUGAGGUGCUGGGAGUACCGCCAGCUCCCUUCUAUUGUCCGUGUCACCAAGCCUACCUGUCCUGACAAGGCACGCCGAUUGGGAUACAAGGCCAAGCAAGGCUAUGUAGUCUAUCGUGUUCGUGUGAAACGUGGUGGAAGGAAGAGGCCAGUUUCCAAGGGUAUUGUGUAUGGUAAGCCCACCAACCAGGGAGUCACCCAACUAAAUUUCCAGCACAGCAAGAGAUUUGUUGCCGAGGAACGUGCUGGUAGGAAAUUGGGUGGUCAUAGAGUCCUCAACUCUUACUGGAUUAACGAGAGUGCAAAGUAUUUGCAUUUAUGA